AUGACUUCAGAAACGGCUGCUCGCGGGGAUUGGAAGGUAAUUGAGAGUUCGAUGAAUAUUCCUGAACAACAUUCUGGGGAAAUUAAGAGCUGGAUUGUCAGCUCGUUGGCCACUUUUCGCAAAUAUUUGUAUGGAGAGGAGCAAGUGGAGGCUCCAGCUGUGGCUGCAGAGUUUGUUGGCCGGUCCGCUAUCGUUCAACAUUUGAAACAACUUAUGACGGUUAGUUUACUCAGUUUCAGGGCUGGGCAAUUGGCCGACUCUUGACCUGGACAUUUGAACCACUUGCAACAUUCCGAUCGGACCAAAACUUUGCAGGAUUGUUGAACGUGGAUUGAGGGCCAUUGGGACCAAGUUUCAGCUCUAUCGGAUCGUCGGGUCUCGAUCCGAUCGGUCUGAAACUUGGUCCCAGCGUGCUUCAACUCAUGUCCAAGAAGCCUGCAAAUUUUGGGUCCAAUCGAAAUGUUGCAGUGGUUCAAAAGUCCAGGUCAGUUUCGAUUCACUAAUACGCAUGUGAACUUUUCCAGAACAACUUGAGACGAUUUUGGGUAUUCGUAGCUUCUGGAGUUGCUACUGCCGCAGCUUUUUACUUUUAUCAACAAAACAAUGAUAUAGAACCUGCGCCCCCAAAGCCUUCGAAUGUCUACGAAGAAAAAAUUGGAGAGUUAAUGAUUCAAAAUCGACUGUUAGAUCUCAAAAAUCGAAUGCAGUUGGGUGGAAAGUUCACAAAACGUUUGUAGAAAUCAUUGUUCAGGAAAGAUGAAGAAGAGCACCAAAGACAAUUUGAAUUGAAGUUGACGAGUAGAAGACAGCGGCGAGAGCAGCAAAUGGACAUCUUUAAAGAGUUCGACAGAGAGAAUGAAUUGAAGAGGUUGAGAAGCGAACACGGUGGGUUCACAGUCAAACUAUCUAUUGAGCUAUUUAAACUAAUUUCAGAGAGCGAUAUGAGAUUGGCGAAACUCAGAGAGGACAGUAAAUUGGCGCAGUUGUUCAAAAAUCAGGUACGGACAGGAAAUUGGAGCAUUUGAUUUGAAAUCCCGUUCAGAUGUCGCAGUACGAGACGAAACAGCUCAAACGGAGAGGCGACUUGGAGCUAGAGCACAUCGAAAAGGGCCGAGAAGAAGCUAAGAGACGAUUCGAAGAACAAAUAGACAAGGAUCAUGAACAGAUGCAGAGAAUCCGUGAAGACUUCAACAGAAGAGAAGCUGAGCAAGAGAGUGAGAUUCGGAAAGAAGAGGAGAGACACCAAGCGAGGAUUCAUGAGAUUCGAGAGCAACUUUUGCGGAAGCUUGAAGAAAUUCGACAGAGAGACGAGCACCGCAAACGAGAAAUGGACAGCAUUCUUCGAGAAAUUCAAAGGAUUCUUCAGCAGAAAUUGUGGAAUGAAGUCAUUGAAAACAACUGGACGAGACGUCUGAACCAACUGAGAUCCGCUAAUUCUGAUGUUCAAAAGGCGUGGAAUCAGAUGAAAAGGCAUCUGAAUGAGAAUGAGCAGGCAUUGAAGCUUUAUCGUGAACAAGUGAUCGCUGAAGUAACCAGCGAGAAAGAGUUGAUGCGGAAUGAGGCAGAGGAAAUGGAAACGAUGUAUCGAAAGACUGGAAAAGAGUUUCUCAUUUAUAUUCGGGAUGCUGUUCAGGAUGUUGAGCACAAGUGUGAUCGGGCAAUAUCGGCUCUCAAGGUGAGUUCUAGCCUAGCUUUGUUUCUGACAAACUUUAAUACUUUUAGGGCGAAAUGAUUGAAAUCCGUAGUAUGGAUAGUUAUUUUUCGGAUCUUCAAAGAACAGUGCACGCUAUCCCGACGCUGGCGGAAAUAAAGAAGAAUUACCGAGAGAGUAUCAAUAAGGAAGGCUAA